AUGGAGUUAGGCGUGCGCAGGCGCAGUGUCGGCUGCCGGUGCUGCGGCCUUUGUCUCGCAGUCAGGAGGGAGCAAGUGACCUUUGAGGACGUGGUAGUGGAAUUCAGCCAGGAGGAGUGGGGGCAGCUGAAGCCUGCCCAGAGGACCCUGUACCGAGAUGUAAUACUAGACACCUUCAGGCUUCUGGUCUCUGUGGCACAUUGGUUACCGAAGCUGAAUGUCAUCUCCCUGCUGGAGCAAGAGGCAGACCUGCAGGCGGUGGACUCUGGACUUCCCCAAGGCGUGUAACCAGCAAUGCAAGAAUGGCCUAACACAAUGACCACAGUUUCUGGGUGUGCAGCCAUGAGACUGAGAGGAAGGUCUGGUUCUUUGGCAAGGAAAGGUUCUGUCUCUUUCUGGAUGUAAAGAGAGAAAUAUGCUGCCUACCACCUGCAAGCACAGAGAGGACCAUCCUGGACAGAGUCAGCUCAGAGAAGACAGCAAAGCCCAAGCUCAUCUGCAAUUCAAGCAGGGGCCCCACCCUGGAACUUGCAUCCUGGCCUUUCACAACAAAUAAAUAAUAACCUCAGCUGGGCGUGGUGGCUCAUGCUUGUAAUCCCAGCACUUUGGGAGGCUUGCUCGAACCCAGGAGUUCAAGACCAGCCUGGGCAACAUAGUGAGACCCCAUCUCUACAACAGAUAAAAAAUUAACCAGGCAUGGUAGCGUGUGCCUGUAGUCCCAGCUACGCAGUAGGCUAAGGCAGGACUAUCACUUGAACCCAGGUAUUUGAGGCUGCAGUGAGCUAUGGUUUCACCACUGCACUCCAGACCAUGUUUCUAAAAAAAUAAGUAAAUAAUAUCCUAAAGUGUAUACAAUUUUGAGUUGGAUUUCUGGUGACUGGCAGCCAAAAAUGCAUCUUGGGUGGAAGAAUCACAGAAAGUAGAGAAUUAAGUAAGCUUUGGCUUCCCAUUGUGUUUCUGAAAAAAAAGUCAGGGAAGCUGGUGCAAUGGUUUGGAUAUUUGUCCCCUCCAAAUCUCAUGUUGAAAUGUGAUCCCCAGUGUUGGAGGUGGGGCCUGGUGGAGGUAUGUGGGCUCUGGGGUGGAUCCCACAUGAAUGGCUUGGUGCUGUCCUCAUGGGAAUGAGUGAGUUCUCACUUUAUGAGUUCAUCCAAGAGAUGGUUUUUUAAAGGAGCCUGGCACCUCCUCCCCUCUCUUGUUUUCUCUCUCACUAUGUGAUGCGCCAGCUCCCCUUUGCCUUCCGCCAUGAUUAGAAGCUUCCUGAGGCCUCCCCAUAGUGCAGAUGUCAGCACUAUGCUUCCUAUACAGCCUGCAGAACCGUGAGCCAAGUAAACCUCUUUUCUUUUAAAUUACCCAUCCUCAGGUAUUCCUUUAUAGCAGUGUAAACAGACUAACACAACCAGGGCCCUUGGAAGUUUUGUGGAAGCACUGGGUAGGACUGACGUGUGGUAGUCACUGUCCCUCCUGAGCCUCCGCUUAUACUGUAUGUGAGAGGGAGAUUCUUUCAGGCAGCAAGUAUUUUCCAAGCACCAACUGUAGCUCAGGCACAAUUCCAGACUCUGGCAACCAAACUGAUGAAACUCAUGGUCUCAGGAGCUUAUAUUUUGGUGGGGAAAUGGAAAAUAGAGAAAUUAGGAUGUUAUGGGCACAUUACACAGUAAGUGUUAUGUAGAAACAAAAUGGUCCAGGAAGGGAAACCCCAGGCUGGGCACAGUGGCUCAAGCCUGUAAUCCCAGCACUUUGUGAGGCCAAGGCAGGCAGAUUGCCUGAGGUGGGGAGUUCAAGACCAGCCUGGCCAACAUGGAGUAAACCCCGUCUCUACUAAAAACACAAAAUUAGCUGGGCAUGGUGGCACGUGCCUGUAAUCCCAGCUACUAGGGAGGCUGAGGCAGGAGAAUCUCUUGAACCCGGAAGGCAGAGGUUGCAGUGAGCCGAGUUUGCACAAUUGCAUUCCAGCCUGGGCAACAAGAGCGAAACUCCGCCUCAAAAAAAAAAAAAA